AUGCCAUCUAAUUUGCCAUAUGCCGCAGACGCAGAAAGCGCCUUGAAACCUGCCGAACUUCAGGUCCUUCGCGCCCAGUACGAGAAGGAAGGAGAGUAUGUCGGAGUUCAGACAAAGUUCAAUUAUGCCUGGGGCUUGAUUAAAUCCAAUCAACGGUCUGAACAACAACUAGGGGUUCAACUACUAUCCGAUAUCUUCAAGACAACACCUGAACGAAGAAGGGAAUGUUUAUACUAUCUGGCUCUAGGAAACUACAAGUUGGGCAACUACGCAGAGGCUCGUCGGUACAACGAACUCCUGAUGGAGAAAGAACCGGGCAACUUGCAGGCGAGUAGUCUUCAACAGUUGAUUGAUGACAAGGUGUCAAGAGAAGGAUUGAUGGGAGUGGCGAUCGUGGGAGGAGCAGCAGUUGUGGCAGGGAUUGUGGGUGGGAUGAUCAUGAGAAGCUCUCGGAGGAGAUGA